AUGGCUGAUGUAGCUGGGGUUAUUGCUGAAGAAAGUGUUAAUGCACUUGAUAGAAUUCUUUCAGAAUCAAUAAUAAUAGAACCAGAAAUUAAAAUUGAUACACGUAUGGUGCAAACUGAUAAAAUAGGCCAAACUGAUGAACCAGAUGAAGUUGAUAAAACUGUUGUUAUAGUGGAUAAAGUAAAAUCGAAAAAGCAAGUUGAUCAACGGAAGAAAAUUGAAAAAAUAGUUGAAAAUAAAACUGAGCAAACUGAAAAACUUAUAAAGGAGCACGAGGACCCAACUAAUAAACCAGAUGAAACUGAUGAAGAAUUUGGAAACAAUCAAGAAGAGCAAACUGAGCAAACAGAAGCAAAGACUGAUGUAACAGUUGAAACUUAUACCACUACUUCGGAAAUAACAAUAACAGAAAUGACAACUGAAUUCAGCGAGAUGCUGAGUGGUAGAAUGCCUGAAAAUUAUGAACAAAUUACAAUCGAUGAAGGAGCCAUAGUUAAUCCAGAAAAAGGAGUUGAAAACGAGCAAACGAUGCAAACUGGUAAAUCAAGGGAAACUGUUGGAAAAGUUAAAAACAAGCGAAUGAAGCAAACUGGUAAAUCAAAUAAAACUGUUGAAAAAGUUGAAGACAAGCAGGAGAUAAAAACUGAUAAACCAAAGGAAACUAGCCCAGAAGAUGAGAACAAGAAAAAGAUAACAACUGAUAAUCCAAGUGAAACUGGUGGAGAAGAUGAAGACAGUAAAAAGAUAACAACUGAUGAACCAUAUGAACCUGUUGAAAAACUUAUAAAGGAGCACGAGGAGCCAACUAAUAAACCAGAUGAAACUGAUGAAGAAAUUGGAAACAAUCAAGAAGAGCAAACUGAGCAAACAGAAACAAAGACUGAUGUAACAGUUGAAAAUUAUACCACUACUUCAGAAAUGACUACAACAGAAAUGACAACUGAAUUCAGCGAGAUAACGAGUGGUGAAAUGUCUGAAAACUAUAAACAAAUUACAACCAAUGGGCCAGUUAUAGUUAAUCCAGAAAAAGACAAUCAAGAGGAGGACACUGAUGAAUCGCGUAAAAUCGAUGAAGGACUUGGAGCUGGUCAAGAUGAGCAAACUGAUGGACCAGAUAAAAUUGAUGGAACACUUGAAGACAAGCAAAAGGUAACAACUGUUGAAUCAGGUAAAACUGGUGGAGAAGUUGACGAGGAGAAAAAGAUAACAACUGAUAAAUCAAGUGAAACUGGUGAAAAAGUUGACGAGGAGAAAAAGAUAACAACUGAUAGACCAAGUGAAACUGGUGGAGAUGAUGACGAAGAGAAAAAGAUAAUAACUGAUAAACCAAGUGAAACUGGUGGAGAAAAUGAAGACAACAAAAAGAUAACAAUUGAUAACCCAAGUGGAACUGGUAGAAUAGAUGAAGACAACGGAAAGAUAACAACUGAUAACCCAAGUAGAACUGGUGGAGAAGACGAAGACAAGAAAACGAUAACAACUGAUAAACCAAGUGAAACUGGUCCAGAAGAAGAGAACACGAAAAAGAUAACAACUGAAAACCCAACUGAAACUGGUGGAGAAGUUACAGACAAUAAAAAGAUAACAACUGAUGAAACGAGUAAAAGUGGUGGAAGAGUUGAAGACAAGAAAAACAUGAAAACUGAUGAACCAAGUGAAAUUGGAGGAGGAGUUAAAGGCGACGAAGAUACGCCAGCUGAUCAACCAUAUAAUGAACUUGAAAACAAGCAAACUAAUGAUCAGGAUAAAACUCUUGGAGAAAAUAACGACAAGUUAGACAUACGAACUGGUCAACCAACUGUUGAAGAAGAUAAAGACAAGGCACAUAUAAAAGGUGAUCAACAAAAUAAAACUGAACGAUUGUCAAUGGACGACGGGCUUAAAGUCGAACGUAGUGGCAACAAUUCUGUCAUCAUCAAAUGGUCAACGGUAUCUGGAGCUGGCUGGAAACUAAAGAUUGACAGGCUUUCUAAAACACAAGAGAUAAAAGAGCUUGCGCUUGGUACAACUUUUUAUAAUAUUAAAAAUGUCGAUGAAGGUGAUGUUAUUCAUAUAGCUCUAUUUGAUGGUAAGCUAUGGCAUGACGCUUCCCCAUAUGAGCAUCGUGAAACUGAAAACUCCACUUCAUCAAGAUCAGCAGCAACAGGGUCUGCAGCUUCGAGUCCUGGGUUUGAAGUUGAACGUAACAACAGCAAUUCUUUCAUCAUCAAAUGGACAACGCCAAGUAAAGCUGACUGGAAACUGAAAUCAUCGAAAGACAACUCGUUCAAAGUCGAACGUAGUACCGACAAUUCAUUCAUCGUCAAAUGGACAAGGGGAAGUGGAGCUGACUGGAAGAUAUUGAUUGACGGUGUUAGACCUUCUAGACAACGGGAAACAAUACAAAUCCCGCUUGGUACCACUUUUUAUAAAUAUGAAAAUGUCAAUGAAGGUGAUAUUAUUGAUGUCACCUUCUUUGAUGGCUCGUGGCAUGAAGGUUUUCGAUAUGAUCAUCAAGAUUCUGAAAGUUCAAUUUCAUCAAGAUCAGCAGCAACAGGGUCAGCUUCAAGCCCUGGAUUUGAAGUCGAACGUAGCACCGGCAAUUCUAUCAUCAUUAAAUGGACAACGCAAAGUGAUAUUAUUGAUAUAGCUUUCUUCGAUGGUUCGUGGCAUAAGUCUUUCCAAUAUGAGCACCGUGAUUCUGAUAGCUCAACUUCAUCAAGAUCAGCGGCAACAGGGUCAGCCUCAAGCCCUGGGUUUGAAGUCGAACGUAGCACCAAAAAUUCUGUCAUCAUCAAAUGGACAACGCAAAGUAAAGCUCACUGGAAACUGAAUAUUACCAGACACAAUCCUGAUAAACAAGAAGAAAUAAAAAUUCCGCUUGGUACCACUUUUUAUAAAAUUGAAAAUGUCAAUGAAGGUGAUAUUAUUGAUAUAGCUCUAUUUGAUGGUGAGUGGCAUGAUGCUUUGCCAUAUGAGCAUCAUGAAUCUCAAAGCUCGGCUUCAUCAAGAUCAGCAGCAACAGGAUCCUCGAAAGACAACUCGUUCCAAGUCGAACGUAGUACCGACAAUUCAUUCAUCGUCAAGUGGACAAGGGCAAGUGGAGCUGACUGGAAGAUAUUAAUUGACGCUAUAGAACCUUAUAGAGCACGAGAAGAAAUAAGUAUUCCGCAUGGUACCACUUUUUAUGAAUAUGAAAAUGUGAAUGAAGGUGAUAUUAUUGAUGUCACCUUCUUUGAUGGUUCGUGGCAUGAAGGUUUCCGAUAUCAACAUCAAGAUCCUGAAGGUUCAAUUUCAUCAAGAUUAGGAGCAACAGGAACAGCGAAAGACAACUCGUUUAAAGUUGAACGCAGUACGGAUAAUUCUCUCAUCGUCAAAUGGACAAGGGGAAGUGCAGCUAAUUGGAAGCUAUUAAUUGACGGUGUUAGACCUUGGAAACAACGAGAAGAAAUAAGUAUUCCGCUUGGUACAACAUCAUAUAAAAUUGAAAAUGUCAAUAAAGAUGAUAUUAUUGAUGUCACUUUCUUUGAUGGUUCAUGGCAUGAGACUUUCCGACAUGAGCCUUGAUAUUCGGAGUGUACUGAACAAGCAGAUUAAUAAAUUAUUAUUUCUGUGAUAUUAAC